AUGAGGCAGGGAGUCCCCCGAUACCACCACUUCCUGGCCUUUCUGUGGUUCUGCUAUCAGCCCAAGCCAGAAAACAUCCCAUCAGAUGUUCCCUUCCCGUGUAAACUUUUCGGUUCUGUCCUGGUGAAAUCAGUGCCUUUCCCUCUAAGAACGCUGAGUGAGUGUGACUGGCAUCCUGACCCCUGCGCCUACCCGCAGGCCUCGCAUUUGCUGGGCUUUGUUCUCAAAGGCGAUGCUCUUCUCAGCGAUGAUGACAAACAGCGGUGUGGCCUCCUGACCCCUCUCAGGCUCUCGCCCGUCACUGGGACCAGGGCUGUCUGCCGCAUCCCCAGAGGCGGCACCACAUCCCGCUCGGCUGCUGCGCUCGACCGCCCGGCCCGGUUCCGAGCUGGGGUUGGUCCGGCAGCCGCAGCACUGGCACCUGAGACCCAACUUGGUUGGCUGUAA